AUGGUCAACCCAACUCUUCGAAGAGAUUGGCUGAGGAAGAAACACAAAUUCGACGUGCGAGCAGACAAGGUUCUCGAUUUUGUUGCGCAAAGCACGAGCAACUUCGAAAGAAUUGUCGACGAACUCUGCAAAGAAAAAAGGAGAGCUGAAGAGAGACUGGAUGAUUGUAUGCAGUUGCAGGAAAAGCAGCUCUUUCGCAUCCUCCGAAAGGAAAUGACAGUAGAGGCCGAAGUAACGGCGGAGCAGAUCAGAAACCUGAAGGAGCAGGUGGAACAACAGGAGGUGAGAAUUGCUAAUCUCAAAGAGAUUAUGCACACAAGAGAACAUGAGAAGAUGGAAGAAACCGAGCUGAACAAGAAAGGCGCCACUCUAGAACGAGCACAAACGGAGACGGAAACUGAUCGAGACUACUUCGAGAAAAUGAUUCAAGAAAUACAAGGAGACGAGGAAGUGACAAAUGAGCAAGAAGAAGAAUGCACCGACAAUCCGGCACAAGUGGUACAACUCCGCGAACAAGCUCUCGAGUUGGAACAAGUUCUUCUGAAGUUUCCCUACAGAGACAUUGGAGACAGCAGCGGGGUGGCCAACGUCUGUGCUUUUUGCGAUGCUGUAGAUCUUCACUUCUCAGAUUCCUGCCCUGAGGUACAAGACGGGCAUGAUCGGAAUGCAAUCGUGAAUCGAAAGGGACUGUGCAAACGCUGUUUGGGCAAAUGCCCCCAAGACAAGUGCAGAUUCCGCCCAAGAGACUGCUACUACUGCAAGAGAAUCCGUGGGACGAUCAUCGAGGAUCUUGCUCCGCAGAAGGGACAUCAUCGCGCACUGUGUGUCGUGCCGGACCUGAGAGGUGAAGUAAGAGUAAGAAUGAAACGGCUGGAAAAGAAGAUCGAACAUUUACGUUCGGAGCGAGGAUUCAAGCCGGGCGGAGUGUCGACGAGUCGACGAAGCUUCAAAUGUGAUCAUAAUUUGACUGUUACCUUUAAUUGAUUUAGGUGUACUGUAGACGCAAUUGUUAGUAGUGAUUCAUCGUCGUAUGCAACAAUGUUGAAGAUUCUUGAGCUUGCGGGCGCCGACUAUGUUGUUAGAUUUCAUGAGAUAAGCUUGUCAUACAGUAUAAAGGCAGGUGAGGAGAAGGAGCCAGUCGCUUCUUGCUUUUGCAACAAUCGUUCAGUCACA